CGAGUAUCUCUUCACGGGGCAUCAAGGAAAGGACUGAUGCUAUGAUCAAUCUUCGCCAAAUCUUGAGACACAAUCAAGGCACUUCCAGGAUCGAUAACCUCAAAGACUCCGCACUACUCAAGAUCUACGAUACCAUUGCCCAAGCCAUCGAUGUCGAAGUCGCCCAGCUGCGAGUGUUGAGAGGAGGCGCGAAAAGCAAGACGACCUUGAAUGCUACCGAGCAACGACUUGCCAGUUGCUCAACUACAUUCCGUGUAGCAGUCGAAGUUGGCAUUCGCAAUGGCCGUUCCAAAUCUGUCAAAUUUCUUGUCGAUUACCUUAUCACCAACUUUGAUGACGAGCAAGGCAAACCCGAAGCUAUACUGGCAACUGAUUAUGCUAGGAAUCUCUCUGUCGUGCUCAGUCAUGAGCCUCACGUCGAGCAUUUGCCUCCAGACUUGUGGAAAGCAACCUUGAAUUUCUGUCUCGACAAGAUGGGAUUCGCACCCAAGUCCGAUCUUGGAUUAGGCUGUAGUAUAUUGACUCCGAGAUCAUCGCGUCCUUCACAAGCAAGUCUCGACAGAGGUGUGCUUCCCAGGCAUGCUCUGGACGAUCUGGUCAAUGUCAUUCGUUCGCUAACCAGCGUUCCCUUUGCACCCAUCCUGAAGAAAGGCCCCCAGAUCCUCAAUGCAAUGGCACAGUUCUUGCACAACUCACCACACACGGCGAAGCCUCAGAUUGAUGCUCUGGUGGUGAUCAACACCGUUCUGCUCCAGCUACGUACCGAAGACAUCAAACUUACAAAAGAAUUCACUCGAGACGCUCUCGCGGUGAGUAAAGCAUUGUGGAACUCGAAACUUUCGGCCCUCAAAGACGAGAUUUUGUCCAUGCUGGUCUUGUUGCAUCCCUUUGUGGAAGUUCUCUCGCAGUUUGGUGAAGAUGAGUUGCUUCUCACCGAGAUAUCCAAUCUUGUCGAAACGAUCAGGGGCGAGUAUACCAGACGACCGAUCAAGGACCAACUCCAGCUCAGUCAACUGAGUCUCAAACUUAACCUGGAGCAACCCCCAAGUGGCUUGGGAGGCCUUAUCUUCGGUCUGCAGGACGGUCAUGUAAUCAAUGAGAACGCUCUGAGUGCUGAGCACAACUGGACUUUGUUAAAGUUGUUGGCGCGUUUCUCUGUCUGCGGUCAUCUUCCUGAUCAGCGAAGGCUCGGACGAUCUAUUGCCUCAGAUGCUGGUCCUCAAAAGCGUCAGCGUGUUGCACAUUGGUCCGAUGAGCUGUUUCGCAUGCUCGCUGACUUUAGCAUUCCCAACAAGCUAUGUUCAUUGCAGAUUCUAUGUUUUGUUGUCCAGUCUACUCCUGUCGAGGAAGAUGUUCUGGCCAGGUUGAUCGAGAAAUUGGCCACAUGCAUCGUUGAUGACAACAGUUCUGUCACUUCUUGGGCCUACCUGGCACUCGCAAGUUGUGCUAGUCAAGCUACAGCCCGAGUAUCCAAUCUAAUUGACGUCUGGCAGUCUGUUUGGCAUUACACCUUGAGGGGUGUCAACCCUGUUCAAACAUGUAGACCGGCAUGCCAUCUCCUUCACACUAUGAUCCAAACAGAAUUGAUCGAUCGAGCGACCAUUCUGGACGAUGUCGGUUCUAUGCUUUCGAGCAUCUCAAUCAGUGGGCCAUCUGUAUUUGCUGAUUCGGUCGCUGGGUUGUUCCAAACUAUCAUGGUCCGACUCCAGCGCGAAGGCACAUCGUCAAUUGGCGAAAGAUUAGAACAAAUCCUAACAUGGAUCUUUCGAACAUGGGCUCCAAGCAAUUUCCUUGACAAAAUAUUCGCUUCCCAGAACACAACCACCCAAGUUGUCGACGUCAUGAACCUCAUAAACGUUUGUCUAGGAUUGCCCACAGAGCGAGAACCACAUCAAAGCCUGCCGAUAUGGGGUUCUGUAGCACAAUCAUGGAUUUUGCAUGGCCAAACCCAAGAGCUUCUUGACUAUUUGCUACUCAGGAAGAAGGAGGUAUCAAUCAAACCUCUGGAUCGAACUGAGCAGGCUCCGGAUAGGGACCCGUCCAUGAACAAUGUCGCUGUCACAUUGUUGCUCGGUCUCUGCACAACUGAAACAAACAGUGCAGUGGACAGAUGGCAGAACAUGAAGGAGCAAAGUGCUAGCCAUCUGGACCAGUACAUGAUCCGUAUGGUCGGCAACUUGGUCACAGUGGGACUAUGUCUUGCUAACUGUUUGAGAGCGAAAGACACUCGUCGAACAGAACAGCUUCGUGCUGCCAACGAGAAACUCUUGAUCCUAUUUUUCGGCGAUCUAUCAAGCCUUAUUUGUGAACAAGAUAAGGUGGAUGCCCUCAUUGAUCUUGUUGCCCACAGACUUCUGGCUUGUCACCCGGAUACAUCAACCCAAGUUAUACCCACCAAUUACAGCAUCAUAUCACAAAGGGCAAGUGUGACAAUCUAUGCGAUGUUGAUGCAAUCGCUCGACUCGUCCGUGGGACAUCACGACAUUAUUGACGGACCUACGAAGGAGCUCAUAUCUCAUGUGCUUGAGCUUCCGGCGCCAGAACUUCUUGCCAGUGGGCCCUUUCUUACGGCUCUGCCUCGCUACGGUGUACAACUCGCUCCCAAGCAGUUUGAACCACUUCUUGAAUUUUUCGCCGACAAUACACUUCAGUCUUACGAGUACGAACGUGCCGAGACGAAUAUCGACCUUUUGUUGGGUGUCAUGGAGAGCUUUGUGUAUACCUGGACAGACACUUCGGACCAGGAUCUCUACACAUUUGGCCUCGAUAUCUAUAAGUGGUUCACUGUGACAGCUUGGAAGGCCAAUCUUCUCUCGCCAUGCGUGCAGAAGCGACUUGUUCAUCUCAUGCUACAGAUCCUGCAGAUCGACGCAGAUUAUGGACAAGCAGACAAGCUUUCGAGUAUUCGUUCCAUGCUCUUUCGUCUGAUGCAGGAAGGCACCCUAGAGGUCAAGCACUCCAUUGCUGAAGACUUGUCGUCACUCUUCAGCCUCUUUUCUUUGCCUGUUCAUACAGAAGUCUUCGAAGAGCUUAGAAUAAGUCUACCUGCUGACACAGAAUGGAUCGAAGGGCUUGCCGUUCGAGUUUUGGUUUUGGCGAAUCUGGCCGCCAAUUGGCAUUCUCUUCGGCGACAGUGCAUCUAUCAUAUAUUUGAGACUGCGGGCAUGAUCGCAGAUGUUGAGAAAUACGCUGCCACAUGUAUUGCCACAAUCUCAGGUGCACUGGACCUUAACUCGCCUAGAGACGUGUUCCAGCUUUUCUCNCCCCAGCUGCUGUUCACCUGGUUGGAAUCCCAAGCCGUAGCAAGGAUUCCAUUCAAAGUCUUCGGUUAUGAAGCCAUGUCUGAGCUACUUGAACACAACAUUGACGAGAUAUAUGCACAGCUGGUCAUUCGCGAAAAAGAGGACGAGAUCGGUUGGUUGACGAGCACCCUGAAAUUGCCUGAAGGGCAAAUUUUACGUUCUACUUUCAGUAAGACGCUUGCAUACGCCAUUUCCUGGGAUGUGUCAGGCAAGCAGGUAUCGUCACAAGAUUCAUCUCAAGUGGCGACUACAUGUGAAUCCCAUAUCAGGACCUUCUUCAAAACAAGCGGCGAAUACUCUAUCGCGGUUCAGAACAACCUCCCAGACAUCGUGGCUCAGACGUUUACCUCGAUGUACCAUGAAGAGGUGGUUGAUAAGUUUAUUGAGAAGAAAUCUCAGUAUGCUUACGCUCAAGAUGCUCUCUCCGCAAUGAAGCGAUACGGAUUCCUCGACACAGAUCUCUCGCAAGCGCAACAACCAAGUUUCAAAGGCAGAUACCUCAUCGAUCAACUUGAGCGAAUCUGUCGUAGAGCAGGAAAUAAAACACUAACGACUAUCAAAGACGCCUUAGAUGUUCCGCAUAUCACUGCCACUCUGCGUUCCAUCAUUGAUUGUAUGCACCCUGCAUAUGGUCCACUCCACGCUUGCCGCACUGUCAGAAAAUUGCGCAUAUUCAUUGCGCUGGCUGGGGAUGAAGUCUUCAGUGGCUACCCUUUGCAGACCUUGAUUCGGACCUUACAGCCAGUCGUUGUUGACCCACAUUGCUCUGACGACGGUAUGGGUGUCUUGCACUAUCUGCUUGAGCGAGGAAAGCAAUUCCUCAAGCAGGAGUUGUCAAUGAUCACUGGUACAAUUCUAUUGAUUCUCUUGUCCUUGAAGCAAUUUAUGACGUCUCGGCAAGACAAGACCACCCAGGAGAGUCAAUUCCGCAACACAGUAUCGAAGAUGCAAUCCUUCCACGACUGGCUUGUCGAUUACCUUCUGGAUUUCCGCUCUGACUUGAAAACGCCACGUCAAGAAGCUUUCUGUGCGCUUCUUAAGUCGUGUCGCGAUCUUGAACUGCCAGCAUCCUCAGGGGUGAACCAAGCUGCGAGUACAAUGCUGAGGGGGCUUCUAGACGACGAAGACUCGACCUCGCCUAUCCUGGAGUCUAUCGAGAGAAGACAAGUUAUCUCAACUUUGUGCCGCCAUUUCCAUGUAAACGACAAAACAGCUCAUGACAUGUUUGGUUCUGAUGAGCUUUCACUUUCUUACGCCCGGCGUGUAUGGGAUUCGACUCAGACCCUCACGGUGGCUGAUGAUUAUGGAGCCUGGGCUGCAAAGGUUCUAGGCCGUGCUUAUGCAUCGACAGUCUCUAUGGAACAGAUCCGACCAGUUCAGAAUUUGAUUCCCCAUCUGACCAGCGGUACGGGAGAGAAGACACAAUCCAUGCAUGCGAUUGUAAUCAAGCUUAACAACCUUCUAUCCAGUCAAAAUCGAUCACAUGUCGGUGUUGCUGAGCAGUGUCUCAGGAGUAUUGCACAUCGUUUUCUGACUCUUGGAGACCACAACGGAGCCAUCGAGUUUGAGAAGGUUCUGCCAAAUCAUGUUAUCGACUCGAUAGCCAGAGUAUACCAGAAAGACGUUACAGGCACAAAAGACAGUCAAAAGUUCCGUAGAGAGGAUCUUUGGCGCGCCGCAAAGCUCGACAUUAAUAAGCCUUUCGAGAUCUGGGUGCAGAAUCUGGCGGUCUCUAUUUGCAGAUGGGCCAAAGACGAUCCACUUGUUGGCCAGUUAGAGAAGCUCUUUCUUACUGAUGCCAAACUUUCACCAGAACUUUUCCCUUUCGUCGUUCAUCUUGCUCUCAGCUCCGAGAUCGAGAAGGAACAAGUGGUGCGCACUUACCUGUCGGAAUCUUUCACUGCACACUUCGGCAACCACAAAGCAGACACUGACCGGAAAUCUCGACUUUUACUCGAGUCGCUUCUAUAUCUAUUCACUCAGAGAAUACUCAAUGAGAAGACGAGAAUGAAUCGUCUUGAAUGGCUAGAGCUGGACUACCUUCUCGCUGCAGAAGCUGCUGACAAGUGCAAUAUGCCUACAGCUUCUCUUUACCUGGGAGAAAUAGGAGCAACCCCUCAACACGUUUCUCAGUCAUCACGAAAAUCGUCAACGACUCUCUCUAACCCAAACUCACCUUCAAACGAGCUGCUACUGUCAAUUUAUAGCCGUGUGGAUGAUCCUGAUUCGUUCUACGGCGUCAAACAACCACCGUCUCUGGACUCUGUGCUUGCACGCGUCCAUCAUGAAGGCGAUGGAAUCAAAGGUCUCAUGCUGCACUCAGCUCGCAUGGACGCAUCCAUGCGCCAAUCUGGAUUGGCCGAUGAGUCAGACAGAUAUGGUAUAAUCGGCUCUGUUAGUGCCAUGAACCUAAGCAGCCUGACCCACGACCUGCUCAACCGUAAAGGCGGAAACUCUACGACAGCCACAACAGACGUCAUGCUCAAUGCUGCCCGCAAAUUGGAGCAAUGGGACGUCUCUCCUCCCCAGAUGAACGGCUCAGCUUCAAGCACAGUGUAUGGUAUAUUCAGAGGGCUCGCUACUGCUACCAAUCUGGAGUCUGUUCAAUUGGACCUAAACAGAGCUCUGGGAUCGUCGAUACAACAUCUGCAAGAUGCGCGCCUUGAUGCAUCUGCUGUCCGCGCCACAUUGUCGAGUAUCGCUGUACUCGGCGAGAUCGACGAGUUGACUAACGUAAGAUGUUCGUCGGACCUCUCCGACCUCUGGCAUCGAAUGCAAGAACGACAGAGUGGAUGGGAUAUCGGUCGUCUUCUGAGUCAAAACAAGCAUCUCAGAGAGGCUCUUCAUAUCAACAUUCGCGAUUGUCGCGCUAUAGAGGCUCGAUCAGUCAUCAGUUCUUCCCAGUUCGCCAGGAAGAAUGACCUUAUUCAACAGUCUCUGACUGCGGCAACCUAUCUCUCUCAGCUGGUUCCUAUAUGUCAGGAGAUUGAUGUGAAGAUGGAUGCAGCCGCUCACUUUGAGGUGGCAACUACACUGUGGAGACAAGGCGAGAUUUCGACGUCGGUGCAGAUGCUGCAGGAACUUUGUUUACGGACAGAUUUGUUGAAGCAGUCGUUUCAGGUUGGUCGUGCGGGGAUGUUGGCCCAAUUAGUUGCAGACGCGCGUCUUGAGAAGCCUGGAGAAGUCAUUGCAAACUAUCUCAGACCAGCGAUCGAGCAGCUCGAUCAAGCGACAUCAGGGUCUGAGGCCGGAAAGGUCUAUCACGAAUUUGCUUCGUUCUGCGAUCAACAACUUCAAGAUCCUGGUAAUCUGGAAGAUUUCCAGAGACUGGCAAAGCUUCGAGAACGCAAAUUGGGUGAACAUCGACAGUUCGACAGGCUCAUCAAGGAUGCUUCGACCAAGGAAAAGAAGCGGGAUUUGCUGAGGGCGCAAAAAACCGUACAUUCAUGGUAUCUUCUAGACGACGAAGAGUACCAGAAGGUGAGACGCAGCCGCGACGAGUUUGUGCGCCAGAGUCUACAAAACUAUCUACGAGCUCUGAUCGUGUCUGACGAGUUUAACCCCUCGGUUGUUCGCUUCUUUGCGCUUUGGCUUGAACAUUCGGAUUCGGAAACGGCAAAUGCGGUCGUACAAAAGACCUUGCCAAACGUCCCUAGCUGGAAGUUCGUCGGUCUGAUGAACCAGCAGACCUCGCGCUUGCAAAAGGAUUCGAGCAUAUUCCAGCAAUCCCUUGCCGACCUAAUCGCUCGCAUCUGCACCGAUCAUCCUCAUCACGGCGUCCAUUACCUGUAUACGGCCUUCUAUUCGUCUAUUGCGGAGACCGAUCAGGCUGCAAAGUCCCGACGUGACGCUGCCCACGACAUAGCGACGAGCUUAGGUAAGAACAAGAGCAUGACUGAAACUAUGCGUAGAAGCUUCCAAGUAGGGAAUGCCUACCACCAGCUCGCGGAGGUCAAGUUGAACCCGAAGGAGUUCAAAGGAAAGAUUACGGUCGGCAUGGUGCCUGCAGCGAAGGACAUGGUCGCCAUAGUGAUACCCAGAAAAGUGCCACCUGCAACUUUGUCUGUCGAGCUCCGUCCCGACCGCGAUUACUCUUCCGUUCCAGUAGUCGCCAAAUACAGGGAUGAUAUCCGUAUUGCCGGCGGCCUGAGCGCACCCAAGAUCCUGGUCGCAAUUGGAACUGAUGGCAAAGAGUACAGACAGCUGUUCAAAGGUGGCAAUGACGACCUCAGACAAGACGCCAUCAUGGAGCAAGUCUUUGGAGAAGUCAGCAAGAUGCUGCAGACGCACAAGACGUCCCGCCAACGCAACCUUCACGUCCGUACUUACAAGGUUCUACCUCUCACAUCGACCUCUGGCAUCAUCGAAUUCGUGCCGCACUCGAUGCCUCUGGGCGAGUUCCUGGUUCCAGCACACGUGAGCUACCAUCCUUCGGACCUGUCACAGGGCAAGGCACGCGAAAAGAUUGGCGGUGCACAGAGUAUGCCCAAAGACACGCGCCUCAAGGUAUACCGCGAGGUGGCAGCCAGACACCAGCCAGUGCUGCGCCACUUCUUCUUCGAGCGCUUCCAAGACCCAGACGACUGGUUCCAGAAACGACUCAACUACACACGCAGCACUGCUACCAUAUCCAUCCUGGGCUGGAUCCUCGGCCUCGGCGAUCGCCACUGCCACAACAUCCUCCUCGACGAGAAGAGUGGUGAAGCCAUCCACAUCGACUUGGGAGUGGCCUUUGAAGCCGGCCGCGUACUGCCCAUCCCCGAAGUCGUGCCUUUCCGCCUGACCCGCGACAUUGUGGACGGCAUGGGCGUGACAAAAACCGAAGGCGUCUUCCGCCGCUGCUGCGAGUUCAGCAUGGACGCCCUGCGCGCCGAAAAAGACGCCAUCAUGACUUUGCUGAACGUGCUGCGCUACGAUCCCUUGUACUCAUGGACAGUUUCACCACUCAAGGCUCGCAGAAUGCAGGAUCCGAGCCGCGAUGGCGAUGAUGGCGGUAAUGGACUGGGGUCUGCGAGCAAGCGGCCUGAAGACGAAGCCGGAGAGGCCGCACGCGCAUUGGCGAUUGUGGAGAAGAAGUUGAGCAAGACGCUAAGUACUGCUGCUACGGUGAACGAGUUGAUUCAGCAGGCGAGUGAUGAGAGAAACUUGGCUGUUCUGUUUGCUGGGUGGGCUGCUUAUUGC